AUGGAAGGACAACGGCAGCUGGAUCGGCUACCGCCAGAGAUAUUCUCGCUAAUUCUACGCAAGCUCGAGCCACGCCAAAUCAAGCCUCUUAUGCAGACGAGUAAGACCAUUAACGCAAUGGCCAAGCCAAUGUUUUACAGGAGAAUAAUAUUCUCCAGGGACAGACACUUCAGAAGGUUUUUGAGAGUCGCGAAAGGAGAUCCCAGGAUCCUUAACAUGAUCCGUCACUUGGAUGUCAAAAACGUUGAUGCUCGAUAUUUCUGGCUGCUCCUCUGCCUUGACCUUCGCAACAUCGAGAGCGCCACUCUGAGUAAUGGGGAGACCAUGAUCUUUGGAGCCCGUGACGGCCUCGCUGAUUUUGAAAACAUGGCCUCGCUUCUGGCCGGACGUAUAACUCCCAAACCUAGACUGAAGACGGUAUCUUAUGAUAUCAGGGGCCCUGACCCGCGAAUUUUGUCGUUGGAUGAGAUUAAACUAUUCCGCUAUCCCAGCCUUACAUCUCUGCGCCUCCAUAACGUCACACUCGAUCGUUAUGCCCCUGAUCUAGUUCAGCCAUUUCCGUUGGAGAAUCUAGAGUCCCUCCACCUAGAAGUUUACAACUAUUCAGAUAAAAUUCUGGAAAGGCUCUUGCGAAAUGCAAAGAAACUCAAGCGCUUCGAGUUUCACCACCCUAUGGAGGAACUCGAUCGAGAUACACCAAACUUUCCACGACUUCUAAGACCGUGCCAGGAGAGUAUCAAGAUCAUAGAGCUUUACUGGGACUGUCACCGACCGGCCUUCGAAAACAAGCCCAUGAAAUUUGCCAAUUUCACAUCUCUUCAAUAUAUCGCCGCCCCACCAAGAGUUCUGUUUGGGGCUUAUCCCUACGAACGCGAUAUUGAGUGGUUGCCCAGGCUCAGAGAGCACCUGCCGCCAAGCUUGAAGGUGCUGUUCUUGCAAGAGAUUGAAAUAUAUGAAAGGACCCCGCUAUUGGCCCCAGGUCAAGAACUUACUGAUGACUAUGACCCAUGGUGGUAUUUGAUGCCUGCCGAUUACGAUAUGGUCAAAACUCUCCUCGACUAUGAGGCAAUGUUUCCAGCGCUUUCUCUUAUCGCGUGGACAUCGCCAGUUGACACACAACCGCCGUGGCGACUCGACGAACCUGCUGGCAAAAUCGGUAUCGAACUUAAGUGCGCAAAGACGAGGAUACAGUUGGAACCAGACGAAGAGUGGCUUGAUGAGCUGGAAAGAAACCCUGCGACUGUGUACUCAGAUACUGGUUCAGAGUGUUCAGAGGCUGGUUCGGAGUAUUCAGAGGCUGGUUCGGAGGAGGCUUCGGAGGAGGCUUCGGAGACGGGUCAGGAUGAGACUUCAGAGGAAAAGCCCUAA